ACACACACGCGCAGUAUUUAGUGUCCUGAGCCUCUUCAGACCAAACACAGAAAACUUGGACAAUCAGAAGUUUUAGCCUCUAAAACCUUUAAAUGAACUUUGUAUUUAAUUUCAGUGACUUUUUUCCUGCUUUUCUAUCAAACUGAAGCAUCAGAUUUAAAGAUUUUCUCCCCUUCAGUCGAGCGUUGUGCCAACAGAACCGGCCUCUGGGUCAGGCCCGAUCAGGUCUGCAUAGAACAGGAACUCACAACAGCCAGAUGGUUUAUUAAUGAUCCUGGAGUUCUGGAUCUGGUGGCCCGUGCUGCUCAGGCUGAAGGGCAAGUCCUAACAUCUUAACAGGUGUUUGAUACUGAUGUGAUUGUAGACCUGAGUGAUCUAAACUGGGCCUGGACGUUUUUCUAUAUAACUGGAGCUAAAUAAAUGUUUCUGAGGAAACUAGCAGAUAAAGUUCAUUAUUGAGUUGAAAUUUGAAUAAAAUGUCAGAACUUCCUGUUUUCUGACGCAUUUUUGUUAAUGAGUUAGAAUACUGACGGACAAAGCUGAAGAAGAAACGCUGACUGUUGGGAUCUGCUGUCUGUUUUUAAUGUGUCAUCAUUUAAAGUUGUGUGUUGGAUGAAGUUAACGCUCACUCCAGCUGAUGCAUCAUGGGACAGAGACAUCACCGCGACACAGACAAGGUCAUUCACUCAGGACCAGGCUGUGGAGCCGGUUCUGUUAUUGGGUUUGGUGAACAAUGGAAUGGAGGCGCAGCUCCAGGCUGGGAACGAUGAAGAGGCGGUGUUGGACCAGGGGAAGACCAGCGCUACCCUCCACACAAACUUUGAGAAGGAGGAGCUGGAGAGCCACAGAGCCGUCUACAUCGGUGUUCACGUCCCUCUGGGCCGUCAGAGCCGGAGAAGGCACCGUCACAGAGGACACCGACACCACCGCAAACGACGGGACCGCUUAGACCGAGACGACGGACGAGAGUCCCCUACGUACGACACGCCGUCUCAGAGGGUCCACUUCAUCCUUGGUACUGAGGACGAUGAUGAGGAGCAUAUCCCACAUGACCUGUUCACCGAGCUGGACGAGCUCGCCUUCAGAGACGGAGACUAUCAGGAGUGGAAGGAGACAGCCAGGUGGCUGAAGUUUGAGGAGGAUGUGGAGGACGGUGGCGAGCGCUGGAGCAAACCUUACGUCGCCACGCUGUCUCUGCACAGCUUGUUUGAGCUGCGGUCCUGCAUUCUAAACGGCACCGUGCUGCUGGACAUGAGAGCUAACGGCAUCGAGGAAAUCGCAGACAUGGUGAUUGACAGCCUACUGGCUUCGGGCCAGCUGGAGGAGGGGCUUGAGGACAAGGUGAGAGAAGCCAUGUUGAGGCGUCACCACCAUCAGAACGAGAAGAAGCUGAGUAAUCGCAUCCCUCUGGUCCGAUCCUUUGCUGACAUAGGGGAGGGCAUCUCCUCCUCUCGGCUCUCGCUCCUCCGUCGCUCCUCUCUGGCUUUGUUCGAAACCUCCACUCCUCCUCCCUCGCCCAGUCUCUCUGCCCUGUUUGGACGCCUCCUCCCUAGCUCCGCCCCCCUGGAUCAGGCCUCUCCUACGUUGUACCAUCAAGGCCGCCACCUGUCGGAGCCCUGCCCACCUGGACUGUCCCCAUGCUUAGGCCACGCCUCCUCAGAUGGUGCUGCACGUCGCUGCUCUGCUCCUGAGAAGCUGUUGUGGGGAGAAGGGAUUCCUGAGGUGGUGCUGUAUCCUCCUGAGGAAGAGGAGGAGGAGGAGAAGGAGGUGAAGAACGAGCUCCUCCAUCAGAACCUGCAGCUCCCUGAGAGUCACACAGGUCUGAUGGCAACGCCUCAAUCAGCUCCUGGAAACCUGGAGAACAAAAUCCUAGAGAGUCGAAUCAACAGUGGCAGCAGGGAGAACAGCACAGUGGACUUCAGUAAGGUGGACAUGAACUUCAUGAAGAAGAUCCCGCCCGGUGCUGAAGCCUCAAAUGUCCUGGUGGGUGAAGUGGACUUCCUGGAACAGCCGGUCAUUGCCUUUGUUCGGCUGUCCCCCGCUGUGCUGCUGACCGGACUCACAGAGGUCCCGGUUCCUACUAGGUUUCUUUUUCUGAUGCUCGGCCCGUUUGGGAAAGGCCCCCAGUACCACGAGAUCGGCCGGUCCAUCGCCACUCUGAUGACUGAUGAGGUCUUCCAUGACGUGGCGUACAAAGCUAAGGACAGGAACGACCUGCUGUCUGGGAUCGAUGAGUUUCUGGAUCAAGUUACCGUUCUGCCUCCGGGUGAAUGGGAUCCCAGCAUCCGCAUCGAACCUCCAAAGAGCGUUCCUUCUCAGGAGAAGAGAAAAAUGCCAACUCUCCUGAAUGGCUCCGCCCACAACUCUGACAUUGUGAAGGAGGCGGAGCAUCACACAGGGCCAGAGCUGCAGAGAACGGGCAGGAUCUUUGGAGGUUUGGUGAACGACGUUCGGAGAAAAGCUCCGUUUUAUUGGAGCGACAUCAAAGAUGCCCUGAGCCUUCAGUGUCUGGCCUCCAUCCUCUUCUUGUACUGUGCUUGCAUGUCACCCGUCAUCACAUUUGGAGGUCUGCUGGGAGAAGCCACCAAAGGGAACAUCAGUGCCAUUGAGUCUCUGUUUGGAGCGUCCAUGACUGGUGUGGCCUACUCUCUGUUUGCGGGUCAGCCUCUCACCAUCCUGGGCAGCACCGGUCCAGUUCUGGUGUUUGAGAAGAUCCUCUUCAAGUUCUGCAGUGACUACCAGCUCUCCUACCUGUCCCUGAGGACCAGUAUCGGACUAUGGACGGCGUUCCUCUGCCUGCUGCUGGUAGCCACUGAUGCCAGCUCCCUGGUCUGCUAUAUCACCCGCUUCACUGAAGAGGCCUUCGCCGCUCUCAUCUGCAUCAUCUUCAUCUACGAGGCUCUGGCCAAGCUGGUUCACCUAGGGGAGGUCUACCCCUUCAACAUGCACGACGAGCUGGACAACCUGACCUUUUACACGUGUCAAUGUUCUCCACCUGCCAAUGCUUCCCUCGAGGUCCAGGAGAUCUGGAGGAGCAGAAACGUGACAUCUGAGAACGUGGAGUGGGAGCUGCUGAGCGUGAAGGAAUGUCUGGAUCUAAACGGAAAGUUUGUCGGAUCGGCCUGCAGCCACCACGGUCCCUACGUCCCUGAUGUGCUCUUUUGGUCCGUCAUUCUCUUCUUCACCACCUUCUUCCUCUCCUCCUUCCUUAAAAAGUUCAAGACUAAGAGCUACUUCCCCACAAAGGUGCGAUCGGCUAUCAGCGACUUUGCCGUCUUCCUGACCAUCAUGAUCAUGGUGCUGCUGGAUUAUCUGGUGGGCGUUCCUUCUCCUAAACUCAGCGUUCCCGACCGAUUUGAGCCCACAUCCAAACACCGCGGCUGGCUCAUCUCCCCCCUCGGAACCAACCCCUGGUGGACUCUGCUGGUUGCCGCCAUCCCCGCUCUGCUCUGCACCAUCCUGAUCUUCAUGGACCAGCAGAUCACCGCCAUCAUCAUCAACAGGAAGGAGAACAAGCUGAAGAAAGGUUGUGGUUAUCACCUGGACCUGCUGGUGGUGUCCGUGAUGCUGGGUGUGUGCUCCAUCAUGGGCCUGCCCUGGUUCGUUGCGGCGACGGUGCUCUCCAUCUCUCACGUCAACAGUCUGAAGGUGGAGUCGGGCUGUGCCGCACCUGGCGAGCAGCCCAGAUUCCUGGGCAUCAGGGAGCAGAGAGUCACGGGUUUCAUGAUCUUCAUCCUGAUGGGCUGCUCUGUCUUCAUGACCUCUGCCCUCAAGUUCAUCCCAAUGCCUGUCCUGUAUGGAGUCUUCCUGUAUAUGGGCGUGUCCUCGCUCAAAGGCAUCCAGCUGUUUGACCGGAUCAAACUAUUCGGGAUGCCGUCCAAACACCAACCGGACCUGAUCUACCUGCGCUAUGUCCCGCUGUGGAAGGUCCACGUUUUCACCGUGGUCCAGCUGUCCUGUCUCAUUCUCCUCCUGGUCAUCAAGCUGACGUCUGCUGCCGUCAUCUUCCCCAUGAUGGUUCUGGCUCUGGUUUUUGUUCGGAAGCUUCUGGAUUUCUGUUACAGCAAGAGAGAGCUGAGCUGGCUGGACGACCUGAUACCAGAGAGCAAGAAGAAGAGAGACGACGACAAGAAGAAGAAAGAGCAGGAUGCUCAGCAGAUGAUGGAGGAGACUGAGGAGGAGGAGCCUUAUGAGCGCGAAUUCCCCAACAAAGCCAUGAAAGGACGCUCGGACCCGUCAGAGGUGAACAUCUCCGAUGAGAUGGCUAAAAGUGGAAUCUGGAAAUCCGUUUCUAAGAACUCUGAAGGAAACAAAGUUCUGAAGCGCUGUAAAAGUUUGGAGAAACUUCCAUGUGUCCGGAUCAACAUGGGGGACGAGGACAGCCAGAGAUUUAUCGACUCUGAGACGGCAUUAUGAUCCUUCAACAGGCAGUCGGAGGAGAAGGGGGCGGAGCCUCUGACUGCCUGAGAGGUGAAAUGCCACAGGAGGACCAAUCAGUUUUCACCUCAGCGCUGCUCUUCUGUCCCCGUUUUCUCUGAUCGGAUGAAAGUUUUGUUUCCUCGUCGUUUUAUGAUGAAACUCUGGAAACGACUUCCUCAGGUGAUCGUUUGGCUUUUACCUGGACGGUCCACGCCGCGCUCUGGACGAUAGCAGACGGAUGAUUCUUCAUGUUCUCCAGAAGCACGUUCAGUUUGACCUUUCACCUCUGACAGACCCACACAGGACUGAAUGUGUGAUUAAAUCCACCGUGUGUGUGUGUGUGUGUGUGUGUGUGUGUGUGUGUGUGUGUGUGUGUGUGUGUGUGUGUGUGUGUGUGUGUGUGUGUGUGUGUGUGUGUGUGUGUGUGUGUGUGUGUGUGUGUGUGUGUGUGUGUGUGUGUGUGUGUGUGUGUGUGUGUGUGUGUGUGUGUGUGUGUGAGAGAGAGAGAGAUCACUAGUGCCUCACCACGUUGCCCUUCAGCAGGUGGCAUUUCUGUGAAACUUUCCGGUGUACGGUCAGAGCGAGUUCCUCUCGUCGAACUCAUUGACGAUAAAAUCAGAUCGCUGUGAGGUCACAGCAGUGAUGUGCUGCUGUAUGGAAAGCCAAAGGGUCCCAAUGUGGGUGGGUCAUUGUUGUCUACUGGUUGGAUGACAGAUCUUUGAUCUGAUUGGUGGAGAGAACAUUGACGGUGUCAGUGUUUGAACACCAAUUGUGACUCCAUUGGUUUUCCAUAUGUCUGUGUAGCUGUCAGAGCUCCCUGUGGCUCUCUAAAACCCAUUUAGGUUUUAAUGAAUUAUUUUACAUAUUUAUUUACCAAAUGUUUAGAGGAAACUGAUGUUUCCAUGACAACAGGAGCUGAAGCUCCUCAGCUGUGAGGCCCGUCAUCUUUAAAGAGUUCUCUAUCAACAGCUGCAGAGUGGGGAACGUUAGAGGACUUGCCUCAGAACACCUGGAUCAGGUCAACCCAUCCUCUAAGUCCAAAAGACAUCCCUCUAGUCUCCAGGUCUUUGUCUCUUCAGGUCCGCUUGAUUCAGGAUAAAACUGUUUUCUUGUUUUUUUACAGAAAGUACUUGUUUGGGGAAAAUUGACACAGACCCCCCCCCCCCCCCCCCCCCCCCCCCCCCCACACACACACACACACACACACACACACACACAAAAUAUAAAAUAAAUUUCAAAUAAUUUGAAAAACCAAAACCUUCUGAGGUUUCGGGUUUCCUUUGUGGAUUCUCCUGUCAUCUUAGAACAUCUGAGGUGAAAUUAAACAUGAAAUUGUCUCAAUUGGAGUAAAAUCCUUUUAAUAAAUGAAGAAUGAGGUUUGAUUUUUUUUUCAUGAUUAUUUUAAAAUUUGCCAUCUUUUUAAUGAGGAAUCUGGUCUUUGCAUUUGUAGUUUACAUGUUGUAUUUUAUUUAACUUUUAGUUCUGAUAUGUUCUUUGUUUGUUGCAGCUGCUCUUGUGUACUCAUCACUUAUUAAAUUUAACAUCAACCAGAA